ACGUUUACCCAACAUGCAGCUUGGCUAUGAGAAGAUAAGGCAAGAUGGCGACUAAAAUAAUCAAAGAAAGUGCUCCUCCUUUUGAUUGUCCAACAUGGGCAGGCAAGCCGCCCCAAGGACUACAUCUAGACGUGAUGAAGGGAGACAAACUGAUGGAGAAACUGAUCAUUGAUGAAAAGAAGUACUACUUGUUUGGGAGGAACCCAGACUGGUGUGACUUCACCAUCGACCAUCAGUCAUGCUCCCGUGUCCACGCUGCCCUGGUCUACCACAAACACCUGAAAAGGGUCUUUCUCAUAGACCUCAACAGCACACACGGUACUUUCCUUGGACACAUUCGUCUGGAGGCACACAAACCUCAGCAAGUUCCCAUAGACUCUACAAUAUCUUUUGGGGCCUCAACAAGGACCUACACCAUCAGAGAGAAGCCUCAAACCCAAGGCCCCGCUGGCACAGGAGACAGUAAGACAGGAGAGGACGAGGAGCUGAAAGGACUGCUUGGGCUUCCAGAGGAAGAGACGGAGCUAGAGAAUCUGACAGAGUUUAACACAGCUCACAACAAGCGCAUCUCCCUACUGACCAUCGAGGAGGGUAAUCUGGAAAUCCAGAGGCCUAAGAGGAAACGCAGGAAUUCCAGGGUUACCUUCAAUGAGGAGGACUCCAUCAUUAACCCAGAGGAUAUAGACCCCUCGGUGGGACGGUUUAGAAACAUGGUGCAGACCGCUGUCAUCCCCAUCAAGAAACGAAGAUCAGAGGGUCACAACACUCUGGGUCUUGAUGAACUGACUUCAAAGCGCAUCCACGGCUACAGCUUGGGCGGUGGUCUCUAUGGGGACUUGCCUCCCACCAGUCAUGAGAACCAGCCUACAGGAGCUCCAGGAGGUGCUUCUAUGCAGGGAGGGCUUCCUCUGCCCUUCCCUAAUCCAGCACCAGAGGUGGACCUGGCCCCAGAGGCUCCCCAGCCCCCUGUCACACUCAACCCCACCCCUGUCACAGCCCCCUACCUACCAGAGACCCACAAUGAACCACGCAAAAAGAAGUAUGCCAAAGAAGCAUGGCCGGGCAAGAAACCCACCCCUUCACUACUCAUCUAACCAGUUUCUUAAAUCUGCUGACUCUCAGGUUUCCAGCAGAUACAUCAGGGACUGUGACAUGGCAGAGGUGGCGUCAUUAACUUCUCAAUCUUCCUUUUUGUUUGUUUGUUGUGCUACUCAUCAUCAUCACAAAAAGAACCAUACCAUUUCCUUGUGGUCUGUCACAAAAUAUCAUCUUCAUUACCAAGUCAGCAGUUGAUAAGUUGGCCAGAACAUGGCAGAAGAUGAUUACGGUAACGUAAAUUUACAAGACUUGGCAGUCAGCAUUUGAGCCUCAGAGUGGCAGUUAGAUGUUUGUCUGUGAGUGACAGGCUACAUGGAUACGAUGGUUCAUGAGUUAUGUUUUGGAUGUAAAGUUGGAUUUUUUUUUUUUCUACUAAACACGUUUCAACAUUUCUUUUUUUUUUUUUUCACUCCAGUGUUUUGAUAAUGCUGUUAAACAAAUGGCAAAAAGUACUUUUAUAUAAAAUAUUUUACUGUGAGAAGUCAGAUAAUCCAGACAGUAAAUUUCUAUCAAAACAGAGAGCAGCUUUUUAUUUUGAAAACCUAUUGAUAUAAUGUGAAACUUUUCCGUUACAUGUAUUAGACCAAUAUGACGUCAACUAAAAUGUUUUUUUUUUGUCCAACAAGCCACUAGAUGGCGACUUGUGCAAAAUGGUCAAAGUUUUUAGUGAGGUUUGGCUGCAGACUUGCAGGUCAUUGCUUAUGGCCUGUUGCGCUAACCUUAACCUUGUCCAAAAUCUAUAUGUGGCAUCCCAUUAAGUGGUGUUGCAAGCUUCUUGUUAUGAAUUUGGAUUAUUCUGCAGAUAAAAGCCAUUUGCCCUGUCCAAACAGUAUGUUGAUCAUAUUUGUCCAUUGGCUUUUUCCAGUUUAUUGAGUUUUAAAUGGUUUGUUGCCCAUUUUUUCCAGCAUCAGUGUGCUAUAAAUACAAGGAUUUUACAGUUUUCUACGUUGGUCAUUGGACUGUUAUGUAGUAAAAGAAUAUAGCAGGAUUGGAACUGCAGCACAGUAAGAAAUACCAACUGCAUAAAUAAAAAAAAAAAAAGGUAGUAAAAACAGGUUUGGAUUUAGUAUGUAUAAUGGUGUUAAUAUAGUUUACAUGCAACAGAGUAUAGUGCAGUUUAUACAAUACAAAACGUUUGCCCUUAACUGACUUGAGACAGGAACUGUCUUUGCACAGUAGCGGAAAAAUGUCAAACUGGUGAAACACUAUAUAAUUGGUUUAUACACAGGGCUGGGUAUGGUUUAAAAGAAUUACGAUACCAGUAACAAUACCAGUACCUGAUUACUGAUACCGAUACCAAGAGAGUACUUAAUUUGAUACCUUUUUUUCUGUAUUUCAUUCGAUUAUGUAAAUGUAAGCAUACAGUUGCGUAAAAUGCCAUUACCACUACCCAUCCACAUGGUUUUUACACAAAUACGUUUUUAUAAGUGUACACACACACACACACACACACACACACACACACACACACACACACACACACACACCAACUGUAUGGGUUGUAGCUGCUGCGGCUGUGGGCCAAUCGCAUGUUGCGAAAACCAUACAAAAAAAUCACUUUUUUUCUAGAUCCGGGUACAGAAAGGAUCAAAGGCAGGUAUCGUUUGACUGGAGACGUUUGGAUAUUACUUGGUACUGGGCUACCUUAAAGGUAUCGCGUACCGAUACCCAGCCCUCUAUACAGAAUGUACUCCAAGUGUAAAGGUCCCAUGAAAUGGUAGUCUUACUUUUUGGGGGCGUUAUUGCUUUUAUUCAAAGAUGGACUGUAGACAGUUGACAAGAAUUGAAGGGGUGACCUGCAAUGAAAGUCCUCAAAUGUAAUCACACCCAAGACAUUGUGGUCACAGUAUAUGGUAUGCCUCUUAACCACAAGGCUGCCAAGACACCUCUUUGUAUUCCCCUUUGAAAGAGGUUGUUGUGGGGACAUUAGACCGUAAGCUAUCAAUCUUACUGUAAACAAAGGGGCUAGUAGUUCUGGUUAUCAAACAUGCAGAAAGAUCAGAUGGCCAUAAUAGUUGGACUUUUUGAGUUCUCCUUUGGUAAUGCAUGAGGUCACCACUAAAGAUGUACUGUUUUUUUGUUAGGAAGUUCAAGUGGGCAUUUCAUGGGAUCUUAUAAUAAUUGAACGGUUGGAGAUCAGAGAUCAACAAAAGACGAAGUGUUUCACUUUUACAAACUGCUAGUGACUUUUUUGUCCUUGUGGGAGUGUGGAUUUUGUAAUCAUAGGAGUGUAAAUAAAAAAUGAAUUACUUUUGACAUAA